UGGAAAUGGUGGCGGCAAGUGGGGUAGGGGGCGCAGUCUUCCGAAGUGCGUUGGGGGGAUCGGAGCGGGUGAUCAGCUCGGAUCGGACGGCUCGGGCAUCGGCGAGUCCGCUCACUAUAGUCCCCGCUAUGGCGAGUAUAGGAUCGAGUAGACUUUGUAUUCACGCGGAGAAACUGUGUCAGUACGGGCAUUUCACUCAAUUGCGGAGGAAAGUUUCGACGACGACAUGUGCGAAAUCACGACCGGCUGCCUCGCGAACGAGCGGCGCGCUCUUCCAACACUGCCAGGACAAAACGAAUACGCGAGACAGCAGGAUAGGUCUCGCGAGGGCAACCAGCACUAUGCAAACGCAGAUGCCUGGAUCUUUGCCCGAUUAUCAAAUCGAUCCUUACAGACUCGCAGAGGAUGACCUUAAGGAUAUGUUCGGCGAUAUACGAAUGGAACUUAUUAAUAAUACAACGCAAAAAGAGCUGCAACCCUUAAGCACGUAUUACUUGGAUGGCCAGGGGAAAGCGAUACGACCCAUACUCACAAUACUCAUGGCACGAGCUAUUAAUUAUCACAAGGGAAGAAACAUUCUCUCGCAUUCGCAACGACAAAUAGCAAUGAUCUCCGAGAUGAUCCACACCUCUUCUUUAUUGCAUGACGAUGUGAUCGACCAGUCGGAUAUCCGUCGAGGCAAACCGUCAGUUAAUGUCGUCUGGAGUCAAAAGAAGGUGGCCAUGGCGGGGGAUUACAUCUUGGCAAUCGCCUGCCUGAUGAUCUCCAAACUCCAAAAUGACGAUGUGAGCAUCGCUGUCAGUCAGAUAGUGACUGACUUGGUGCAAGGAGAAUUCAUGCAGCUCGGCUCGAAGGAAACGGAAAACGAGAGGUUCGCGCAUUAUCUCACAAAGACGUAUCGAAAAACUGCGAGUUUAAUCGCCAAUUGCUCUAAAGCGGUCGCUAUACUUGCCGAUGUCGAUGAUCGUAUGGUAGAGAUGGCCUUCCAGUACGGUAGGAAUGUCGGCUUGGCCUUUCAAUUGGUGGAUGAUCUUUUGGAUUUCGUUGCUUCUUCGGAAGCUCUAGGAAAACCCACGGCCGCUGAUCUGAAACUUGGAUUAGCGACAGCCCCUGUGCUGUUCGCUUGCGAACAGUAUCCGGAAUUAAACGCGAUGAUUAUGCGCCGUUUUCAAGAGCACGGCGACGUCGAGAAGGCUUUCGAAUUGGUGCACAAGUCUAACGGUCUUGAACAGACAAGAUUCUUAGCGAAGAAACACUGCGCGGAGGCCAACAAGAUCGUCCAGUCCUUCGCUAAGAGCCCUUAUCAAAAGGCUCUCAUCAUUAUGGCUGAUCUUGUUAUCAAUCGUAUGAAAUAGCAUCGCCAAAAAUUAAAAUUUGAAUUUAUUGAACUGGGGGAGGGGGGAGAGAAACGUUUUUAUAAUUAUUUAUAUAAUAUGGUGAGAGAUAAAAUGGCUAGAGAGCUAACUUUUGUCUCAAAUUUUAUAAAUUGAGUACACACAGGGACCGCAUUGAAAAAGGUUUUUCUUAUUCAAUAUUAUACCACUAGCCAGAAUUAUAUGAUAGCAUUUAUGAGUGACAUUACCUGAGGAUAAUUCCGUAAAACAUGAUUAAAUAAGAGGAAACUAGUUUUAUAUUGCUGUAAUUCGUGGUGGUGUAACAUUGAUGCGCGAUUGAUAGCAACAAUGCGCAGAUAUCAUUGCAUUGCCGUCCCUAAGUUCAUACCUCAUCCGAGAAAAAAAAAAAGAGGGGAAAGGGAGGGGAAGAGGCGUCCCAUGCCGCACAUUAUGUAAUCAUUAAAGUGCAUCUGUCUUUUUCAGAUGACUUUAUUGACGCGCGGAUUUAAGUUAUCUGGAAAAAUGCAGAAAGUAUAUUUUUCAUAACAAAAGUGCCUAGGCAUAUAACAUUCGUUUAAUCUAUGAAGAAGAAAAAUACGUUUUACCUGAUUUUAUGAAUCGCGUUAGCCGAUCAUAAUAUAAUGUAAAUAAAAUUUAGAUCUUAAUUACAUUGUAUUAGCGUUGAAUACUUUUUAUUGAGCUCCUUUUACGCAUCAUGAUUAUAUUCGGUUUUCAAAUAAAAAAAAUUGUAAUGCGCUAAAUUAAAUUUUGAUCUGUCUAAUAAAAAUUGUUGUAUUAAAAUAUCAGAAAAAUUGCCUGCAUCAAAGGAGUCUUAAUGACUUAUAGUAACACAUUAUAAAAUCAUGCAGAAACAAAAAUUUGAAAAAAACAUACAUGUAUAAUAAUAGCAAACGUAUGGAAUUAACAUUACAAUAAGUUAUUUUUGGCCCAUAAAUUAUCGGCGAAUGUGUAUUUUUGAUAAAGUAUAACAUAUAACUUUUUCGGCGCAAUGAAUAAAAUUGUAAAACUAAAUAUAUAAUAAGGGGGAUGCCAAUACUAAUUUUUUCUUUGACAGCCCAAUUUGAAAUUUUGCUGAAAACGAUGCGAAGAAUAUUUGCCAAAGAAGACAAGUCAGUCUUUCGUUUCUCUCGCAAUUCUUUAGCAAAAAUUAAUUUUGGUCUGUCGUAAAAUAUAUCUCUUUAUAUAAGUUGGAACGAAUCACAAUUUGCGAUAAAAGCAAAUUAAAAUCAUCUUUAUGUUUAAACGUUUUAUUGAUGAUGAAAAAAUCAUCUUUGUCAGAUUUUACUAAAUAAGUGAAACUGCUCAAAAUAUAUUAUUUGUUAUUGCAUAUGUAACUAUAAAAAUGUGUCUAAUGUACAAUAAUUUAUAUUUAUGAGAAAGAUUAAUGUAUAUAAUUGCCGUAAUGUUACAGAAUACAAUAAAUCAUUAACUGACAAACAAGCAUAUGUAAUUACGAUUAAAUGUAGAUUUAUAAUAGCAUAUAAGCGUAACGACUGAAAAAAAAGCAUAAGCCAAUAUUCAUUAUAUCACUUGUAACAUGUAUUUUAAAAUAUUUAAAUUUUAUCAAUAAUAUUUACAGAUAAAUUUAUACAAAAUAAUAUAUUAUACAUUUAUAAUAUAUUAUAAAUUUAUUAAUAAAUAUAAGACAAGUGUCGAACGAAACAUUUGCUAAUUGAAAUGAGAGCAUUGCAAAUUUUUGAAUUGAUGAUGAUUGUGAUAAAUAUUGUAAAUUUAU